AUGCUGAGCGUUUUCAACACCGCGGCGGUCACGAUUGUUAAUUAUGAAUCCGCAUAUGACCCGCACUCUCCAAAUCUACAACGUCGGGGAAUUGGUCGAGAAGAUUGGACGAAGGCAGUAGUGAAUGGUGCCGAUGAGAAAUCACCGCGAUGGAGACAUCUCCUUUUGCUAGGAGGGCUGUUGCUCGGGUUCGAAGGUCAAAACCGACGAGGUUUAUCAUAUGCCUUAAGGAAAAAGCUCGAGGCUGCUCUAGUCACCGGGAUACAACUAGCUUUAGAUGAGCUUCGAUCUAGUCCGACAAUUGCUGCAUAUACGAUAGUACUCGUCCUUAACUACACUUUCGAAUUAUUAUCCGACUGGGAACGAAGCAGGAUAAAUUACGACGUCUUGCUUCCCGUGUUAGCCGAUGCCGCCUUUAUGUCUCCGGAAGGCCUUGAAUCUGGCUACUUCCUGGGCUCCAUCGACAGGGGUAUUGAAGAAAUCCCUGGCCAGGGUAAAUUUUGCUGGAAAGAAGACUCGCCGUCGUACUAUCAAGCAAAGGAUAUAUUAAUGAGACCGCUUGUGGCUACAUUUGGCCCACUGUCGAGACUCAUUGCUCAUGCGGUCGAGAGCACCAGCAACCGCGGCCAGGUUAUACAAGUGCUAGACUCACUCUUCGAGCUGUCCAGGACACUGAUGGUUCAGUGGCGUCAAAACAAAUUGUCAGAAAUCGAUCAAUCCGAGGAGUCCGAAUUCCUAGAUACGGCCUCAUUACAGACAACUAUUCCUACACUUUGGAAGUUACUAAAUAUACCCCUCUUUUCUUUUAUCAUUGUUCUCCGGGCAAUUCUCGGAAGGGUGCUCAAUGAUCCUAUUCUUGCCGCUGAUAGGAGUAGCCCUUUUAUUGCCUCUAAGUCUCUUAAAUCCCUUCGGCAUCUUGCAUUUAUUACCGCAAGAGCCGGGUAUAGCAGUUCAUCACAAUAUGUCUUCGUCAACUUAACUGCCAUUGAUAUCCUUGCCCAAUAUCCUGAUCUGUCGGAAGACUUUUUGGAAGAGAUUCGGCCAUCCGACUCAUCGAAAAUCCCCGCCCAUCCACUCGAUAGGUGUCUAGACCUUUUUUUCCUCAACACAGCGGAACAUUUCAGCCUGAUAGUAUCACCCAUGCUAAAUGAGCGACUCCUCCUAUCAGCAGCACAACCUUAUCUUGCGGCUGGUGGGAAUAACCAUCUCCUAGAAAUUUUUGAAUCUGCUCAUAGUGUGGUUCUUGCUGUUCUUGCAGCUCCACAGAGUGCCAAUAUGGCCGCAAAACACCUUCCCUCUUAUGUUGAUACCCUUUUUACCGUUUUCCCGCAAAACUUAUCCGCAAGGCAAUUCCGCCUCGCAUUCAAAACCAUUCUCAAGAUAACGGCCCCCCCAUCACCACUUGCCAACAGCCAACCGUAUUUACCCUCAGUUUUCCUCCAACUCUUAUACGAUAGAGCUAUCAACGCACCCACAACACCUCUACUUCCUCCAGCAACUGACUCAAAUCCAAACCCAGCACCUGAGGACCUUUCAGAGCAAGGUGUACUGACGAUGACCAUAAUCGAUGGUCUUCCAUAUCUCCGAGUCGAACUACUUGAGGACUGGUUAGACCUAACUGUUGACUUGAUAAACCGGAUUCAUGACCAAGAGAUAAGGAGAAAGUGUCAAGAGAAGUUUUGGGAUACGUUAAGUAACGGAGACAUGGAUGUGGAACGAGCCAAUUUUUGCGUGACAUGGUGGAGCACACGGUCAGGGAGAGAUAUGCUUCUCCGGAAAUCCGAAGAAGAGGAUACCCAACUGUAUAGCAUGAGCGGUGGUGUGGCCAUGCAACCCACACAGAGCAAACUAUAG